GGCGGCCAGCCGGCCGGCGGGCGUGAGGCGGCCCCGCGGGGCCGGUAGCGGCAGGGACGAGCCCAUGGCCGGAGGGAUAGCCCCGGUUGCCGGGGCUCUGCUCUGCGCCCUGCUCUGGGCGGUGGGGGUGGCGACGGGGGACGAUCCCGGGGGCAGCCCCGCGCCCGGUACCUUCGGCCGCGUCUACCGGGGAGCUGUGAACAUCAGCGCGGAGCGGGUCUACGCCUUCGCCUACAGCAGCGAGCCCGGGCAGGUAGAUGCAGUGCGGGUAUAUGUGAACAGCAGCUCUGAGAACCUCCGAUAUCCCGUCCUCUUUGUAGUUCGCCAGCAGAAGGGAGUGCUGUCCUGGCAGGUCCCGCUCAUUUUUCGAGGCCUCUAUCAGAGGACCUACAGUUACCAAGAAGUGAGUCGGACCCUUUGUCCCUCUGAGCCAGCACCUGAGACAGGACGCUCUGACCAGAUUAUAUUUGUAGACGUCGCUUCCAUGGCACCAUUUAAUAUCGCAUAUGAGCUGCUAGUCACCAGGCUCCAGAACUUCCAACUUGAGACCAACCAGCCCUUUAACUUCACUGCCAGCCCUUCCCAGCCUCAGUAUUUUCUGUACAAGUUUCCUCAGGAUGUCGAUUCGGUCAUUAUUAAAGUGGUGUCUGAUGCAGUCUACCCAUGCUCAGUUGUCUCCGUCCAGGAUAUUGUGUGCCCAGUGUAUGACUUGGACCAUAAUGUGGAGUUCAAUGGUGUUUACCAGUCUAUGACAAAGCAGGCAGCUAUAACAGUACAGAAAAAGGACUUCCCAGGGGAGCAGUUCUUCGUUGUAUUUGUCAUCAAGCCAGAGGAUUAUGCCUGUGGGGGUUCUAUGCCUUCUUCCCUUCCUGGGAAAUUCAACCGUACCUGGAACCUGCAACGGACGAAGAGCCUUCAAGUGACAAUUGUGCCGUCUAUUAAAAAGUCUGUUUAUGUCCAGGCCAUGUUCUUCAGCUUCCUGAGUUUCCUCUCCUUUUACCUCGGCUCAGUGGUGGUUGCUUUUGUGCACUACAUCAGAGUUCGAAGGAAGGCUUCAGCUGGGAGAUUGAGUCCUGGGGAUGGAUCUGGGAUGAUGACGUCAUCGCACCCCAUCACAGCCAGCACCCCUGAGGGAAGCAGCUACGGUGCUAUUGAUGAGUCAAGCUCCAGUGGUGGGCAUCAGUUGUCUUCCCCUGGGUGCAGGCCACCAGCUGGUUCUGACACAGACAGCUCUGUGGAAGAGGAGAGUGACUUUGACACCAUGCCAGAAAUUGAAAGUGAUAAGAAUGUCAUCCGCACUAAGGUGUUCCUCUAUCUAUCAGACCUGUCCAGGAAGGACCGAAGGAUUGUCAGCAAAAAAUACAAAAUCUAUUUCUGGAACAUCAUCACCAUUGCAGUGUUUUAUGCCCUGCCAGUCAUCCAGCUCGUCAUCACUUACCAGACGGUAGUGAAUGUGACGGGCAAUCAGGACAUCUGCUACUACAACUUUCUGUGUGCUCAUCCCCUUGGGGUGCUGAGUGCCUUCAACAACAUCCUCAGCAAUGUGGGCCACAUGCUGCUGGGCUUUCUCUUCCUCCUUAUUGUCUUGCGCAGAGACAUUCUUCACCGUCGGGCCAUGGAAAUGAAAGAUAUCUAUACCCUGGACUAUGGGAUCCCAAAGCAUUUUGGUCUCUUUUACGCUAUGGGUAUCGCUCUGAUGAUGGAAGGGGUCCUCAGUGCCUGUUACCAUGUCUGCCCUAAUUACUCCAACUUCCAGUUUGACACCUCCUUCAUGUACAUGAUUGCAGGACUGUGCAUGCUCAAGCUCUACCAGACCCGCCACCCAGACAUCAAUGCCAGCGCCUACUCUGCCUAUGCUUCAUUUGCUGUGGUCAUCUCUCUGGCUGUCCUUGGAGUGGUGUUUGGCAAAAAUGACAUGUGGUUUUGGGUUAUUUCCGCAAUGAUCCAUGUUUUGGCCUCGCUGGCUCUCAGCACCCAGAUCUACUACAUGGGCCGCUUCAAGAUGGACAUGGGGAUAUUCCGACGGGCAGCGAUGGUGCUGUACACGGACUGUAUCCAGCAGUGCAGUCGACCAAUGUACAUGGACAGGAUGGUGCUGCUCAUUGUUGGAAACCUGGUCAACUGGUCCCUUGCUAUCUUUGGGCUGGUGUAUCGGCCCAGAGACUUUGCUUCCUACAUACUGGGGAUCUUUAUCUGUAACCUGUUGCUGUAUCUGGCUUUCUACAUCAUCAUGAAGCUCCGCAGCUCUGAGAAGCUCCUGCCCAUCCCCCUGUUCUGCAUUGUGGCCACUGCAGUGGUGUGGGCAGCUGCCCUCUACUUCUUCUUCCAGACCCUCAGCAGCUGGGAGGAGACUCCAGCAGAGUCCCGGGAAAAGAACCGGCCGUGCAUCCUGCUGGGCUUCUUUGAUGACCAUGAUGUCUGGCACUUCCUCUCCGCGGCUGCCUUGUUCUUCUCCUUUCUGGUCCUGCUGACGCUGGAUGAUGACCUGGACGUGGUGCGCAGGGACAAGAUCCCAGUGUUCUGAGUCCCCAGGGGACAGAGGGCGCAGGGGCGUCCCAAAUUGCUCAGCCAAAGGCACCAGGCCACUGGCACCUGUGGGGAAUGAGCCUGCUUCUGUGGCCGACAACCCCGUGGGAGCAGGGGAGCCAGAUCCCACAGCAAGCACCAAGGGGUUCUGCAGUAACCGAGGUGGGACCAGGAGGGAAGACUACGUUUGCUCCGUUCUCACUGCAUCCUCUGGGGCAGGCACGACCCGGCAGCUGCGGCCAGUGCACAGCUCGUAGGUGCAGCAGGUGCUGGAGCCAGUGAAGAGGGAGGAAACAAGGAGGUGUGUUUGAGACCUUUGCUUCCCUUCCUCCCUGCUGAUGUUCCCCCCCUUUCCUCUUUGGUGAGCAGGCUUGAAAAGUGCAAUGCAGCUCCUUCAGCAUUGGCAGCCUGUACCCAGCAGGCUGCUGCCCUCAGAGUCCCUUCAGCAGCACAGGGAGAGUGUUUGGUUCCUGUCCCACAGCUGCCAAGUGAGCAAAGGACUUGAAGCUGAGGUGGCAGUGGUGGACUGGCUUCGUUUUUUUUGUUGUUGGAGAGGCUCCUCCUGUCGCUGGCUGGGGGCUGUAGUGUCAGAGGGAGACAGUAGACUGGAGCUGCCCAUGAGUGCUCUCCCAGAGGCAGAACCUCCUGCCCUGCUCUUGUGGCCUCUCAUUUAUGCAUGUUGAACAGCCUCACUUCUCUGGUGGCUCCUACGCAAGCGCUUGUCAAUGUGAUGGUCUCCUUCACAGUGCCAGAAGCGCUGUCCUCAAGUGACCCUAAGAGAGAUGGUGUGGUGAAGCCACAGCCUGGUGUGCUGGGCAGCUCCUUGGCAGCUCCUUGGCUCCCGCUGUGUGGCCUUGCUCAAGGGGUGAGGUGGAACAGGGAGGUUUGUCCAGCAGCCUCAGGCUUUCUCCUCCCAGAAGCUUGCUUUGGGCAAACUUGGCAAAGCAGGUUCCUUUAUGGGCUGGGAGUGUGAGGAGGCUUUGGGGCAGUUGGGGUUGAGCUCCUCAGCUAAAGAUCUGGACCAAACUUCUUUCCUCUCCAACUUUUCUGCAUCUGAAGUAAUUUUUUUAAACAGUUUCUGCAUUCUUCCUGAAUUCUCAGUUAUUUAAAAAACAAGAAUAAGGUGUGAAUUAUUUCAGGCCUUGCGUCUAAAAUGUGACCUGUUUUGCUAAUUUUGAAUUAAAAAGUAUUCUUUGA